UAUUAUACUGUAUACAUAAUACUAAUACUAUUAUUAUAUAAGAUUAAAUAUACUGUAAAAAUCUAUUAUCUGUUGGUCCCCUAGAAUUGAUUUAGAAACUGUCAGAAAUUGAUUAAAAGUAUAUAUUGAUUCUGGAUUAGGAUAAUAGUCAGGAUUUUCCUAAAAUAAUUGGUAGAAUAUAGUACAAUAGGAUGUCACCGAAAGUAGGUUUACAAGCACCCAAUUUUAAAUGCGAGGCUGUCAUGCCAGACGGCUCCUUCAAGGAAAUAUCACUGGGGGAUUAUUUGGGCAAGAAGUACGUUGUUUUAUUCUUCUACCCUCUUGAUUUCACCUUUGUGUGUCCCACGGAAAUCGUUGCCUUCAACGAUGCCGUCGCACAAUUCGAGCAAAGAAACGUCCAACUCCUGGCUUGCAGCGUUGACUCCAAAUACUGCCACUUGGCUUGGAGAAACACUCCAAGGGAUAAGGCUGGAGUCGGACAGGUCAAGUUUCCGAUGCUCGCAGACAUGACUAAGGAAGUCGCCAGCAGCUAUGGCGUUCUUCUCGAUGAUCUUGGUAUUUCGCUUCGCGGACUCUUUCUCAUUGACAAAAAAGGUGUUUUACAACACUCUCUCGUUAAUAAUCUACCACUCGGACGCAAUGUAAAUGAAGUAUUGAGAUUAGUUGAUGCAUUACAAGUGUUUGAGACCAAGGGUGAAGUUUGUCCAGCCAAUUGGAAAUUGGGCGACAAGGGAAUGCAGGCAACUACUGAGGGCGUUGUAGCUCAUUUAACUACUAAAAUGUCCUGAAUAUCCAUAACUAUUGAUG